GUCCAAACGGCUAUUAUGUACAUAUUACGUAAUGUGUGUCUUUUACGGAAUUAAUUAUCUUUACAUGUCCACCGCGAAGUCCACUGAUCUGGGGAUGGUGUGAAAACAAGUUAAUUAGAGAAAUGGUACCGGUAUUGUUAGAUAUUGUUUGGAAAUAAACAUGCUGUAUAUGCCUGAAGUACUCAUGUUCUUGUAUCAAGACAUGAAAGAGUCUAAAGAUCACGUCCUGCUUGGGGAAUAUAUGGAUGACCAGUUAAUGAAACAGGCUGUUGUAGGUAACACUACAAGUCUCAAAACAUCAAGCUACUCUCCUCAUCAGCCAUGUUUGGGUCUGCUUAGAUGACAAGAGGCUGAACCUUCUGAGCAAUAAAAAUGAGUGCAGCCAAAAUGGUGGCAGACUCAACACAGUCGGAUGUGGUAUCAGAGUUUGCCACCAAAGGUCGACAUAGAAAAAGUGGAGAGAAAAAGACUAAAAAGACAAAGAGAAAUGGCAGGAAGGCAAAGAAAAAGAAAGUCACAGAGGAAGAGGAUGCACUGUUGAAUGACCCUGAUCUUGACCUUAACAAAGAGGUGAAGGACAUUGGGGACUACAUUCGAGAUCGCAAAGAAAUGCUCAACCAGAUGUUCAAUGCUGUGCAGGGAGCAAGUUUACAAAGGGCUCUACCAGAUGUUUUGAAGGAGCUGCCUCUCGAUGUCCUCAAACAGAAAUGUCUGGAGCACAUGGAAGUGAUGUCCAAGAAACGCAUCAGACGGAUUCUGCAUGGUGAUGAUCCUGCUGCUAUAUCGUCUUCAGGCACAGAUGAUGACACCUCGGAUGAAGGGGCUGCAGAUGGAGUGGAAGAGUCAGGUCAGCAGGCAGCCGACUCCACCUCCCAGACUGGGGCAGAGCAGGAGGACAGCCAAGACAAGACAGAGGUGAUGAAAGGUCUCCUAGUGGAUGAAGAGCAGACGGAUAUUGAAGAAGAUUCAGAGGGUGAAUGGAGAACACCUCCCCAAGACGAAGGCAGUGAUCAGGAGAUGGAGGAACAAGAAGAAGGUGUAGAAGAAAAGGAUGAAGAGGAUAAAGGGGAGGGAGAAGGAUCAGUUGAAGGUGAAGGUAACAGUGAAGAUCAGGAAGAAGAUGAUAAGGAAGUUGAGGAAGAAGUUCAGUUAGAAUCAAUUAAGGGCAAGGCUACCAGCCUGAGGAGCUUGGAUCCUGAAGAUGUGAAAAACCUGGAGGAAGAGAUGACUGAGUCUGUGAAGCAUAAGAUGGAGACAGCAGAGGCUGGUGACAUGAUCACCCCAGUCCUGACCAAGAACCAGAUGGAGCUCCUGGAACUGGAGAUGAGAGCACGGGCCAUCAAGGCCAUGCUGAAGAAACACCAGAGCAAGAGUACACUGUGAGCAAGAGCAUCUCCAGACCACCAGAAAGUGUAAAAUGUACUUUUGUGUUUCAACUACUGUUGUCCAUGAAUGUAUAUAAUGACAUACUACUCAUGGACAUACUUAGUGUCACUGCCAUUUCAUCCUAAUGGAAGAGUGAGGAUGGAAGAUGAAGCGUGUCUGAUGGACCCAUCACUCUUUGUCAUAUUUUGUGAAUAAAAUGAUUGCAUGCCAAAAUGUCAUGUUUCUUCUCAACAUUGUUAUGUGAUGACUGUCUGGGAUGUGGCAUUAAUUAGACUGGGAUGCGAUCAAGACAUAUGUUUCUGCUUUAGUCAGUUUCUGACUGGCAGCAAAUAAUAUGUCUUACAAAUAUACCCUGUGAUAUUUACAGUAUGAAUUGACUAGACUUUUGGAUUCCUGUCAGGUAUAUUGGUGUAUAAUUUUUAUCAAAUGGAUGUGUUUGUAAAGGAGUGAGGCAAGUAAAGAGUUGGUGGUAUAUGUGCGAGAACUUGGAAUUGCCUGAUGUAAUACUGGAUGUGACAGUAUAUAUCUGUAUUCUAGUUUAAGACUGAUCUGCACAAUAUAUAGCCUGACCAUUGCAAGGUUCCUCGGGAAACAAAUGGGUAGUUGUCAAGCUUGUUUCUUCUCAUUUUCAAGACAGUUCUCCUAAAUGCUAAAAUUCUGAUUGUUCUCUCCAAAUUGUCCUUGUUUCCUAAUUUCUUUCAACAAUUGAAAUGUUCCAUACAAAUGCCAAUCCACUUCCUGAAUCAAGCAAAAUCACGCAGAAAAUCACUUCAUAUCAGAUCAUAUGUGUCCAUUUUGUUCAACAAUGAUACCACAGGGUAAAACAUCCUACAUUCACUCAGUCAGUCAUUAAAUCACUCAAUCAUGUCAUUAUGAUCAUAAUGUGUCUUACGUUUUUGUGUUUCCGUUGUGAACAAAGUAACAUCUACAAAAGCCUAAAUGAUGACUUUAUUACAAUACAUGAAAGUUGUAUGUUUCUUUGUCCUCACAUUUUUCAAUACUGCCUUCAGCUUUUUGGGAACGGGAAAAUGUAACUGUGGGUUAAACUGUUUGAAGUCCAUAGGGUGUGUUUUUAUCAUUCAUUGAAGUUAAUACAAGUGUUUGCGAUUGUCUGUGUUUAUCUUAUACACUGAGUGGCCUACAUUCCAAUAAAGACUUUGUGAUGUUUGGGUGGCUAAACAGAGUCAGUAUGUGUAUUUAGAUGAAAAGAAAUGUACAUCAUGCACACAUAGGGUUUCAUUUACAAGUUUGUUUACAUCCUGACUGAUGUUAAUUUCUGAUGAAGAAACCAUUUUUAAAGUUUAUCUUCAAUAAGUCUUAAUUCAUAUGGAAUGACGUAUGAUCAUGCUGUAAAUGUGUAUUUAUGUUUCAUCAUUUUUUAUGAAUAUUCACAAGUUGCUGAAACAAAGUGUAUGUUUUGGAAACGACUGAUUGAUACUGUUUCAGACGAUAAUGUUUUAUCUUUGGCACUAGAGACGAAUAUUGUAUGAGAUACACUUUUUGAGCAUGUACAUUGGAUAUUUCUUCCCUUCUCAAAUGUGACCCUGUCCGUCUACUUUUGAAAUGUACAUGAUAUUAACAUAUCAAGAAGCUGAUCUCCGUCAUUAAAUGAUACCCGUUUAUUCACCAUCCUGACAAUGAUAGGUUGAAAUUUAUUGUUGUCUAUAUAUCAUCUUUGUUUAACUUACCCCUUGGGAUACGUUUUAUAUUUUAUAUGCAUUAAAACUGUGAAAAUGUGUUUAAAAGUCAAAAGUGACUUUUGAAUAAUUCUCUUAUGUAGAUUUUAUGAAUAAAAAGAUCAUAUAUU